AGCCGGCUCGGUGACAUAACUCAGCAGUGUGGAGGUAAACAUGGCGGCUGUCGGACCCCUAGCAAGAGUCGCCAGGCUGGGCUCCGGCAUCUGCAGGAACCACCGUUUAACACUGAACAGAAGCUCACAGAGACGAGGGAUAGCUUCAUGCAUCGACCCUGCUCAUGGACUCGCAGAGGAACAGAAGGAGUUCCAGAAAGUGGCCUUUGACUUUGCGGCCAAUGAAAUGGCUCCGCACAUGGCAGAGUGGGACCAAAAGGAAAUCUUUCCAGUAGAGACAAUGCGGAAAGCGGCCCAGUUGGGGUUUGGAGGGAUCUAUGUUCAGCCAGAUGUUGGAGGAUCGGGUCUUUCUCGGCUGGACACAUCGGUCAUCUUCGAGGCUUUAUCCACAGGAUGUGUCAGCACCACAGCCUACAUCAGUAUCCACAACAUGUGUGCCUGGAUGAUCGACACCUUUGGCAAUAAUGAGCAGAGGGAGAAGUUCUGUCCUGACCUCUGUUCGAUGGAAAAGUUUGCUUCCUAUUGUCUCACUGAACCGGGCAGCGGCAGUGAUGCGGCUUCACUUCUGACCUCUGCACAGCGGACGGGUGACCACUACAUCUUGAAUGGCUCUAAGGCCUUCAUCAGUGGAGGAGGAGACACUGACGUCUACGUUGUGAUGUGCAGAACAGGGGGCAAAGGGCCUAAAGGCAUUUCCUGUUUGGUGGUGGAGAAGGGAGCCCCAGGCCUCAGUUUUGGCAAAAAAGAAAAGAAGGUGGGCUGGAACUCUCAGCCGACCAGGGCGGUGAUAUUUGAGGACUGUGCGGUUCCAGUGGCCAACCGGCUUGGUGCGGAGGGGCAAGGCUUCAGCAUCGCCAUGAAAGGCCUGAACGGGGGCAGGAUUAACAUCGCUUCCUGUUCUCUCGGGGCGGCACAUGCCUGCGUACAGCUAGCGAGGGAUCACCUGUUGGUACGCAAACAGUUUGGAGAGACACUUUCCAACAACCAGUUUCUCCAGUUCAAACUGGCAGAAAUGGCCACCAAGUUGGUUGCGUCUCGCCUUCUGGUGCGUGAGGCUGCGACAGCGCUGCAGGAGAACCGGCCCGAUGCUGUUUCCCUCUGCUCCAUGGCCAAGCUCUUUGCAACAGAUGAGUGCUUUAAUAUCUGCAACCAGGCUCUUCAGAUGCACGGUGGGUACGGUUACCUCAAAGACUACGCAGUGCAGCAGUUUGUCCGUGACAUCCGAGUACAUCAGAUCCUAGAGGGAACAAACGAGGUGAUGAGGAUGAUCAUUUCCCGAAACCUACUGACAGAGUCUUGAUAAAACUCCUCGCCUGGAUCUUGAAGUGACUUCAGUAGUGACCAUAUUAUUAUGGUCUUCAUCUCUGGUUUGGUACUGUGUGACUGGUUUCCCGAAUUGCUCUCUGCAUCGUAGUUUUUCCAAAGUUGGCAAAACUCAUCGGAGAAUUUGGGGUAAAAACAGCAUAGGUUUUAUUCGAAUAUAAUAUUGGUAGAUUAAUGGUUCACAGAGGAUGAAUCCAAAUGACUUUACAUGCAGCGCCACCUACAGGUCAAAAUUUCUACAUGGCUGACACUUCUUUUAAAAGUAAUGAUUGAAUUUCCAGCUAUACUUUAAGAUGAACACUAAUAUAGCAUGUAGAAAUGAUUUAAAAAAUUAGCAUUUUACACCAGCAUGCUCGCAUUAGCACACAGUUCAAGGUACAACUCAAGUAGACAAAGCAUAUUUUAUUCAAGUGCAGAAUGCAGCCGGUGAACAUUGUCAACGUCUGACAGUGUUAAGCUGAGCCCGAGAAGUGAGUCAGAGAUGUCAUUUCACGGCCACUGAACAUGAGGGAGAAAAACUCUUGAUUUUAGUAACAGCAUUAGCAUUUACUCUGGCACCAACUCCAGCAGUGGUCAUUUUGGUAUUAUCUUAUUUUGUUUUCCAUCCAAAAAAUGUGUUUCCUGUUGAGCUGCUAGUGUGAAUAUAGAGGUUUAGUCUUGAUAUUCUAUUACAUAUAUUCAGAAGUUUCACUCAAUUUGUGGAGUGAAAACAGAAGUUGUGAUUAUUUUUUUCCAAUUGUUAAACAAUUUUACACCAACUUAAGUGCUAAUAAAAUUAUAUGGUUUUAUAUUACA